AUGGCUCAAGAGCUGAUUCAACUUCAGCCAGGGAUGCAGGUGGAGAGGUGGACCAUCGAGAAGAAACUCGGCGAGGGUGGUUUUGGUGCCGUGUAUCGGUGUCGUGACAACACAGGGCAGUACGCGCUCAAGGUUGAAGGGGUGGCCGAGCAAAUUCAGGUAUUGAAAAUGGAAGUCUACGUGCUGACAGAGUUGACAAAACGUGGCUCACGACAUUUCUGCAGAAUUGAAGACAAAGGAAGAUACGGGAAUUUCAACUAUGUGGUUAUGACUCUUGUGGGUAAAUCUCUACAAGAUUUGAAUAAAGGAGGGCCUGGAGGGCAUAUGACGAUCGGAUGUGCAAUAUCAUGUGGUAUCCAAGCGCUGGAGGCUCUUGAAGAUCUUCACAAUAUUGGCUAUCUUCAUCGCGAUGUUAAGCCUGGUAAUUACACGAUAGGACGACCUGAACUCAAUGAAUUACGCAAGGUGUACAUCCUUGACUUUGGUAUGUGCAGAAAGUUCACAAAUGAUCAGGGGAUCAUCCGCAAACCACGGCAAGCGGCUGGGUUCCGUGGGACCGUACGAUAUGCUCCAAUAUCCUGUCACCUUCAAAGAGAGCUUUGCAGGAAGGAUGACUGCGAGACAUGGGUAUACAUGAUUGUCGAGUUCACUUAUGGACGCCUACCGUGGAAAGAAAUCCAGGAUAUGAACCAAGUAGGUGAGUACAAAAAACGUGUCCGUCAGCCUAUGUAUGUUAUGGAGCUCUUCCCACCGCCAUGUCCUCGGGAGUAUAUUGAAAUACUGCAGUAUAUCGACGGACUGAAGUACUACGAUGCUCCAAACUAUCAGUUUAUUUAUGGAGCCAUGCGUCGAGCACUACAAUCAUCUCGAGCGCAAGAAUUUCCUUACGACUGGGAGCCGGGCGGUCCGACAGCCUACAUGCUUCACUAG